AUUGAUUUUUCUCUGCUAAUUAUCAUAAUUAUCCAAGUCAGCCAGUAGGAAUAUGGUAAAAGAUUAUUGAUUCAGUCUCUGUAAUAUAUUGUCUAAUGUAGACGUCAGUGAUGGCUUCAACCCACAUACAAAUUUAAUUCAUGCAAGGAAAAGAUCAUAUGACACUUAAUAAUGGAAUAAGGAUAACACUUUUUUAACAUCGAACAUUUUAAUGGUCUAAUUUUGGAAUUAUGUUAAGAUUACAUAGACCUCUGAAUUCAGACUUGACAUUCAGACUGGUUCAUGACAUAAGCCCUGAUAAUGCAUAUGAAGAUGAUGGUGGAAGUGAUUACUCAGCCAAAGAACAGUAUAUACUCUCAUGUUUAUCACAAACAAAACAAAAGACUGUGGACAGAUGUAAACCUAAAAAUCAUAUCGAAAGAACAGAGGAUAAAUUAGGGUACCAGCAUAAAGAGGAUAUACUGGUUUCCCAACAGAAAGCUCUAGAGAAAUUAAAUAAUGUAAUAAAUUCACAGUAUCUAGAAUGCCAAGAAAAUAAAUCUGAUGCAAGGACAGGUUCUGUUACUUUUGAGGAUCUAGACAAAUCUCAAGACAAAACAAUCCAUAAGUCUUUACCAACCAAUAGAAGAUGCCAAAGUUCAAAUGGUUUUAAAAUUCCCAAGAGGCCAAGAAAACUCCCAGAGAUUCCUAGACAAGCUAAUGCUGAAUUACCAGUUGAAGAAGUCAAGUCAACAGUUACAAAUGAGAAAUGUCUAGCUGACGAACUGCAAGAAGCUCUACUAAAAACUGAUUCUGUCGAAGAGGACGAUGUGUUUUUACCAAGUGAACCUACCGUAACAAAACAAUCAUCUGCUAAUGACAAAAUAUAUCCAAAAUUUAGUCGAAAAUAUUUAGAAGAGUUGAAAUGUUCACACUUUACAAAUAGCGUUUCAAAGAACACAAAACCAUUUCUUAAUUCUAAUAAUAUAUAUUUGGAGGAGGAUUCGUCUGUAGAGAAAAAACAUUUAUCUGUAGCCUCAGCGUCAGGGAGAGACGGGAGAGAUUCAGAUGGUUCACGGAGAAGGUCAUCGUCUAGUUACCCUGGUGUUAAUUAUUUAGAUUUGGAAGUAACCCAUCGAGGAAUGCACAGAUUUAUACCAAGACAUAAAGACGAAGUGGCAAUAGAAAUAGGAGAUCCCCUACAUGUAACAAAAACCAGUGACGACCUUUGGUGUGAAGGUGUCAAUUUACGAUCGGGACAACAAGGAAUAUUUCCAUCAAUGUAUGCAACAGAUUUACAGUUCUUGGAGGAAGAAACCGAAGAUGAAGAUGGAAGUUGGAGAUUCCAGUUACGAUUUCUAGGGUCAGUAGAAGUGAAUGGUCACAAAGGAGAUGAAGUUUUAUGUCAGGCAAUAAAUAAGGUUGCAUUAUCCAGAAGGUCACAGAAAAGUUCAGUGCCUCCACCAUUAUGUACAGUAGAAAUAAGUCAGUAUGGAAUAAGAAUGUUAGACAAAAGUAAAACUGGGCACGAAGACACAGAUUUUACCCAUUUCUUUGCAUUAAAGAAUAUAACCUACUGUGGAUGUCAUCCUAGGAAAGACAAGUAUUUUGCUUUUAUAACAAAACAUCCAAAGCUGUAUAGAUUUGCAUGCCAUGUAUUUCUUGGUGAAAAAUCAACUCGUCAAGUCAAUGAUGCAUUAGGACAAGCUUUCAAGAGAUUUUACCAGGAAUAUAUGGCAUUUACACAUCCAACAGAAGAUAUAUAUAUGGAAUGAUAGAAAAUAUCUUAGUUUGUAAAUAUUCAAUCAAGACAAUUAAUGAAUAUUCAUACAACUCAUGAAUACCAAACUUAAUGAAUAUUCAUACAACUAAUGAUUACCA